AUGAAGGUCCUCUUUCUGUUCACUGUUCUCUUCUGUUUGGUCCAAAUGAACUCAGGGGAUGUUCCACCUGGAAUUAGAAAUAUUAUCUGCCUUAUGCAACAUGGAACCUGCAGACUUUUUUUCUGCCGUUCUGGUGAGAAAAAAUCUGAAAUCUGCUCCGACCCCUGGAAUAGGUGCUGCAUACCACAUUCAGAGGAAGAAAAAAAAUACAGACCAGAGAUGGAUGGCGAUCAGACACCUAGAACGUAA